AUGUCCCAGGUUCAGACCGAAGAAGAGAUAGAGCACGCGAAUUUCCGCGUCGCACCUCUCGUCAUAGUCAAGGAUCCGCCACGAAUGCGAAGCAGGACCUCCAACCACAUAAGGAAGUCGUCCUCCAGAAGUCAGCGCACAACUUCCACCCAGUCGCAGACUGAGCCCUCACCUCCGCUUACACCUCGAGCAUCGCGCGAAGCUCUACCCCGUCUUUCAGAGCCGGAACCCGUCUUUCACAACUACUUGCGUGCCUUUUACCAAUUUCACCCGGAUUCCACCGUCUCCUCUUCCACUGACGAGUCAUCAAUCACCGUGCCGAUAAACCAAGGAGAUGUCAUCCUGGUCCACUCCGUCCAUCCAAACGGUUGGGCUGACGGGACACUGCUCAGUUCGGGAGCCCGAGGAUGGCUACCUACGAACUACUGUCAGGCAUACGAUCAUCUCUCGAUUCGAAACCUGCUAAACGCGCUCACGAACCUUUGGGACGUUGUUCGAAGUGGAGAGGCCGAAGACAUGUCUGUUUUGCUCGGGCAAGACUACAUUAGGGCUAUGAUUGCGGGUGUGCGAUAUUUCCUGGAGCGAUCUGACUGCCUUACGAGAGAAUCACCUCUUAUUCGAGCCCAUGUUGCCCUCCGUCGCACACGCAAAGGACUGCUUGGAGACCUGUCGUCGCUGGUGAAGGCUGGCAAGUCGCUGCAGGAGGCAGUGCGUGCUCCAUCCGUAGAAGAUUCGAUAUAUGACAUCUUGGAUGAGCUGGUCAUCAAGGCCUUCAAGGUCGUCAACAGGGCAGUGAGGUUCUUCGACAUCUGGAGUCAGGAUAUCAACGACAGGUUUCCGGCACGCUACGCCAGCGAGGUCGCCAGACCACUUACACCGCCAGCAGAUAGCCAAGAAGUCACGCCGCAGCAACUGCAUUCGCAAUCAACUUUGGUUGCUAAAUCGAGCAGCAGCGCUUCACUGCAUAAGCGUGGUGUUGUGUCACCAUUGACACCAGGCACAGCGUCAGCCGUUGAGUGCAUGCCCGUGAGCCCCAGAUCAUCAAGCAACCACGCGUCAAAGCAUUCUUUAGAUGCACCGCAACUGGAAGCUUCUCCCUCAUCGCCUCAAAACCCCAUGCGACAGCGAUGUUCACAAACCAAGCGUCCUUCAACGUCGCAUCGCUGGUCGUAUACCGGAACAGCUGUUGGUCUCAGGCGACACAGCCUUGCGUCGGAACGCCUUGGCGCCGCCCACGACUCCUUUUUGGGAUUCAUCGCAUCCUUCAUCGGGUUACACCUGCAAUCGCGCUCUUCCUCAGAAGUCGUUCUGUUCACUCGCCAGUCCGUAACAGCGUGUCGGCAGCUUCUGUCCGUUGUCGAAGAAGUGUUGGAUCGCGAUCUAAGACGUUGCGAAACCUUGAAGCAGACAAGAGACGCCAUGUAUGCGCGACUGUCUGAGCUGAUUCGAGCGACGAAAGAGAUAUUCAGUCUGUCAAGGACAGGAGACGAAGAGGUCGUGCCUCCAGAUCAGCGCAAACAGUUGGUCGACGCGGCUAUGAGCUGCGUGCGCUCGGCAGGUGAAUGCGUCAACAAAACCCGUUUUGUAAUCGAGAAGAUUGGCGACUUUGAGGUGGAGUCAAUCGGACUUGGGAUCUCAGAUUCGAUUUUCGACGAUGUCGCAAAUGCGGUCGCGACGCAAAUAACGGGCGCGCUGGAUAAAUCGGCCUCAUCUGACACGCAGCAAGCUCCAUCACCACCGUCUCAACCAAGAUCACGACCUCCGGCCCCGCCGCUGAUCCUCACUGAGGGAAGCCCUCUCCCGGAUUCACCUACGCUUUCUCCGACUGCCAUCCUAGCGCCAAACGCGCCGACCAGCCUUGUAGAGAGCCCCGUUGCACUGUCCUCUCGCACAUCGACGUCCUCCAUUCCGUCGUUAUCGAAUUUCAUCCUACCUCACAUACCACCACCACAUUACAGCCCAACGAAUCCAACGCACAGCCCAGAGACAGUUACGCGUCGUUUCUUCGGCCAAAAGCCUAGAGCGGAUAGUGUCAACGUCUCAAACGCCGAUUCAAACAGCACGUAUCCCAGCAGCCUUCCAGGAGAUGGAGCGAGCAUAAUCUCGCACACCUCGACACGAGCCACGACCCCCGAGCAGUCAUCGCCAAAGCGUCACGAAGAACCGGCUUUGCUCAGCAGCUUUGGAAGCGCUUCCGAGUUGCACUCCAUAGCUAGUGAAGACUGCCGUCGAUUCGAAGCGGAGAUGUCUACGAAGACAUACGCUUGCGAACUCGUGUACAACAAAGACGGGCAAAUAUGCGGCGGAAGUCUUCCAGCUCUGGUAGAGAAGCUUACCGCCCACGAGUCUACUCCAGACGCAAUAUUUCUCACCACGUUCUACCUUACAUUCCGUCUCUUUACCACGCCCAUUGACUUUGCCAAAUGCUUGGUGGACCGCUUCGAGUACGUCGGAGAGAGCGAGGAGAUUGGAGUGCCGGUGCGCUUGAGAGUGUACAACGUCUUCAAGGGAUGGCUCGAGAGUCAUUGGCAAGCCGACUCGGACUCGCCCGCACUAGGCGUAAUUCUGGCCUUCGCAACCGGACAGCUCAGGGCUGCCUUACCGGCAGCUGGACGGCGGUUAGCGGAACUGACGGUAAGGGUCACGGAAGUACACGCAGCGAGCCUCGUCCCUCAAUUGGUGUCCUCAAUGGGCAAGACUAGCACUUCAAGUACCGUCUGGUCCGCGACUGAGGGGAGCGCGCCGGGCCCUAUCAUUACCCGGAGUCAGCUCAACGCUUUGAGGAAUGCGCGCGGCAGCGGACUGCAACCCAGCAUUCUUGACUUUGACCCCCUUGAGCUCGCGAGACAAUUCACUAUCAUCGAAUCGAAAAUCUUCAACGCGAUUCAACCCGAGGAGCUGCUUGGAUCUGAGUGGACGAAGAAGACGGAUUCUAAAGCUAUCAAUGUACGCGCAAUGGCGAGGCUCUCCACAGAUCUGGCCAACCUGGUUGCAGACACCAUCCUCUCCCUGGAAGAUCCCAAGAAGCGAGCCGUUGUAAUCAAGCAAUGGGUCAAGAUCGCGAUGCGCUGCCUCGAGCUCAACAACUACGAUUCGCUAAUGGCAAUCAUCUGCUCGCUCAACUCGUCCAUGAUCCUCCGGCUCAAGCGCACCUGGGAUAUCGUUUCGCAAAAGACGAAGACCCGGCUGGAAGACCUUCGCACGAUCGUGGACGUCGGACGGAACUACGCAGUCCUCCGCCAGCGGCUACAGAACCACGUCGCGCCAUGUAUUCCCUUCGUGGGCAUCUACCUCACCGACCUAACCUUCGUCGACGUCGGGAACACCACCACGCGCCAGCUUCCCGCCGACGGUUCCGGCGAAGGCGUGUCAGUGAUCAACUUCGACAAGCACGUGCGGACCGCCAAGAUCAUUGGACAACUGCAGCGCUUCCAGGUCUCGUAUAAGCUGUCUCCCAUACCGGAGAUGCAGGAGUGGAUGGAGAGGCAGAUUCUGCGCGUCAGAUCGAGCGACCAGGCGAACGUCCAGAGUUACUACCGCCGCUCAUUAGUACUGGAGCCCAGGGAAACCCAGCAGGCGCAGCUGCAACCUACGCUAGGGGAUAGUGCGACUAGCACAUACUCUGUCAACAGCCGCGAGACGGCGAAAGAGAAAUUCGACUUUUUCGGCAACUUUCAGAUUCUGAAGUAG